GACGAAAAGCAUCUUGCGCGAGACGCUUCUUGUUCUUGUUUUGGCAGUUUCUUUCGUUUGGCUUGACACUGUAUCAGGAAGGCGGACUUCAGGGCGCCGUACGACGACACUGUGAUGCUGCUGUUCGAGCUUUGAAUCUGGUUCUGUGGGCUGAUCUCAGGAAGUUGGUAAAUGUAGUUUCACGAUGGCAGAUGGAAACAACGAGGACGAUGUUAUUCUCCUGGCAAGCUUCAAUGUCCACAGAAGCCAAGGCUCUCGUUCAGGUCAGAGGGAGCUCAUCACCAUUUCUGACGACUCUGAUGAGGAGCUCGUGGCUUUGGUACCAGGCAGUCCGGUUUUAGUCCCGGACGAUGCAGAGGAUGACGACAUCAGCAUCCUGGAGCCACCUGUUCCUGCACGCAGGCCUUUAAUUCGCCAAGCAGCCAUCUGGGGCGGGAACAACCAAACUCAAGCUGUAGGUGAAAGUAGCACAGCCUCUGUGGUUCCCACAGGGGACCCUGGUUCUGCUCCCUCUACCUCCAAAGUUGCUAAGACCACCCAGCCACCCACACACACACCAACUGCAGCGCCGCCUGACUCACCUGGACUCUUGGAGCCGCAGCCAGGUCCAUCUUCAUCACACACACAGUCCCAGCCAAGGCUUCACACACACAUUCAGCAUCAGGACGGCGCAUCGGCACGUACAAAUGUGGAGCUCCACGUUGUUCCGUCUACCUCCAUAAACGCCAAGGCUAGUGCCACUUCAUCUGUAACACACGCACUUUCGUUUCCUCAGCCCGGCACGUCCGCAUCGUCACGGCCACAUUUAGCAGGAGAGCACCAGACGACUGUCUCUGCUGGCGCCACGGGGUAUUCUGCUCCAGCGACAGCCUCGUGCUCCUCUGCACAGACUCAAGAAAAGCCUAGUACAAGUAGGCCAUCAGCCGACGGUGCUCAGGCCAGUACUUCAUCUGCACAUCCUCAGCCUGGUACUUCUGCACAGCUCCAGUCCAGUGGAACCACGUUUGUGCUACCCUACCCCGUCAAGGUGAACACGGUGAAGCUGCUUGUUUUUCCUCAGCAGCCGAGCAUCCAAGCAUCUGCUCUGAUAAGCCAGCCUCAGCAGCCGCAACGGCUCCAAAAACCUCUACAGCCUGCGUCACACUAUCAGAUGCAGGGCAACCUCAUUCAGAUUGAGCCCCAACCCCUGGCCCAGGCCCCCACACAGCCCACUGUCCAGCCCGCUCAAAACCCUCAGGUCAUACCUGUGGUCCCACCUGCAGUUCUAGUAGCUGCUGCCCCAGAGAGAUUAGGUCCUCCAGAGGCAGGUCACAGGAUUAUCCUGGGGAGUCAGGAGCCAGGGGAGCUGGCUCCCAAUCCUCCGGUUUACAUCCACAAUGUGAGGGUGCUCAACAGGAACUCUAACCCUCCAGAACUUCACAAUGGAGGAGAGGCUGGCUUAAUCCCAGCUCCAAACUCUGAACAGAAUAAUCCAGCUCCGGUUCUGGUGGCAGUCCCCCCUGCUCCUGAGGACAUUCCCCAAAUAGAGGAUGCAAGACCUGGACCCUCGGCACCACAAGACCGACCGGAUCAGCGGUCUCUUGUUCGAGCCCUCAUCACUGGUGUGCUGGAUCUGUUCCCAGAUGUCCAGGAAGCCUAUGUAGCAGAACUGAUCCUAAAGAAAAAUGUCAAAGACUUGAAUGUGAUUUGUAACCUGCUGUUGGAGAAUCCAGAGUUUCUGAGGAGAGAGACGGCAGCAACCACAGCAACUCCCACCAGUAUCCUCCUGGAGUCGGGAGACACCCAGACAGAGGUGACCGAGGACUUGUUUGACUACGCUAAGCUGAUCUCAGUGGGACCUGAAGUUGUGAUGCAGGCAGCAGACUUGCUCAUGGCAGACUUCAGGAUGCUCAGCUGUCAGGACAUCAAAUGGGCCCUAAACGCCCUGAAGGGACACUAUGCAAUCACACGCAAGGCCUUAUGUGGAGCUCUGAAGAAGUGGCAAGAAUCAAGUGACGCAUCAGGAAAGAGACGGCGGAGCAGGACCUCCUCGGAGCGUUGCUACAUUGAUUUUCACUUUGAGCAUGGUUCAGUGCAGCUGAACAGAAGGAUGUAUUUUUUAGAGAACGACCGUCGUUACUGCAGGACGUACAGCAACCUCGAAGCGUCUGUGCAGAAGGAGCUUUCGUUUUAUCAGCAGAAAGCCAAGGAAUGGGCGGAGCACGAGGACUUCCUCCUUGCUCUGCAGGUGAAUGAAGAUGAAUACAAGAAGGACGGUCAGCUGAUCGAGUGUGGCUGCUGCUACGGGGAGUUUGCGUUCGAGAAGAUGACGCAGUGUUCAGACGGACACCUGUUCUGUAAAGAGUGCCUGGUCAAAUACGCUCAGGAGGCAGUGUUCGGCUCUGGAAAGUUGGAGCUGAGCUGCAUGGAGGCGGGCUGUCCGUGCUCCUAUCCCAUGUGUGAGCUGGAUAAGGUCCUUCCAGAGAACAUCCUGUGUAAAUACAACGAGAGGCAAGCGGAGGAGGCGGUGGCCGCCACCUGCGCUGAUGAGCUCGUGAGGUGUCCGUUUUGUAACUUCCCAGCCUUGUUGGACAAGAACGUGUCUUUGUUCAGCUGUCCCAACCCUCGGUGCCGCAAGGAGAGCUGCAGGAAGUGCCACGUCCAGUGGAAGCAGCAUGUGGGGAAGACCUGCGAGCAGGUUCUGGAGAGGGACGAGAUCCGCAUGAGAGUGCUUUUCGAGGAGCGCAUGACGGCGGCUCGGGUGAGGAAGUGCGUGAAGUGUGGGAUGGGCCUGGUUAAAUCGGAGGGCUGCAACCGAAUGUCGUGCCGCUGCGGCAGCUUCAUGUGCUACCUCUGCCGAGAGCCCAUCACCGGCUACAACCACUUCUGCCAACACGCCCGCUCCCCCGGCGCGCCGUGCCGCCACUGCCGCAAGUGUUCGCUCUGGACCGACCCCACGCAAGACGACGAGCGGAUCAUUCAGGAGAUCCAGAAGGAAGGUGAAGCCGAGCUCAAUAAGAAGUGUGCAGAUAAUUCAGAAAAAAGACUGGGCCCGCCCCCGGAGGUCAGCGCAGAGGCCAAGAGACCCCGUGUGGGUCCGCCACCAGAAAACCCAGCCAACCCGAACCCAGCGCCCCCCCAAGCGGUACAAGCCCCCCUGUUCGUUCCGCCGCGCGGCCGCUUCCCGGAGGUGUUCCCGCAGCCUCUCCCUCCGGGCCGGAUGUACCACCAGAUCAUCAUACCCCGGCUGCCCCCGGCACCUUACGCCCCCAUCCCCCAGAACCUGCCCCACAUAAACAACAACAACCAGCAAAACCACAACCACCCCUUCAACCCUCAUCAUCACAACAUGGACCUGCCCAUGCACUACGGACCCCCUCCACGCUACUACAGACGUUUCUAACACGCUGUGGGCAGGCGUGUGGAUCCACACACCACAGUCUCUUCAGUGCAGAUC